AUGCGACUCGUUUCCAUUGCAACACUCGGCAUCUCUUCGUUGCUACACAGCGGCACAAGUGCAACGACUUACCCUCGGCCUGGUGCCUGUGCCGGCGUCUGCGUCAAUACGCACGACCCGAGCGUUAUCCGUGCGAAGGACGGCACGUACUUUCGCUUUUCAACGGGCGGCGGCAUUGCGGUCCACACGGCUCCCGACCUCGUUGGGCCAUGGGAGUACAGAGGGCCCGUGCUCCCGAAAGGCUCGAAGAUCAAACUCUGGGAGCACGCGAUGGACGUGUGGGCGCCCGACGUGCACCUCGUGGGCGACACGUACUACUUGUACUACUCGGCCGUGCGAAAUGCGUCUUUUGACGGCCACAACCUCGCAGAAAUCGGGGUCGCCACGUCCCGUACCAUGGCCAUGGACUCGUGGAAGGACUUGGGCGGAACGGGCAUCAAGAGCAACGACGCCAGUGAGUACAAUGCCAUUGACCCGGACCUCUUCAUCGAGGACGGCCACAUGUACAUGGUCUUUGGGAGCUACGAAGAGGGGCUGUAUCAAGCGUCGAUGAAGAACCCGCCAACUGCGGUCAUCCCGAACACGUACGUGAAGCUCGCGUACCAGCCAGCGAAGCCCCAUGCGAACGAAGGCUCCAAUAUGUUCAAACAUGGCGGCCACAACUACCUCUUCUUCUCGCACGGCGACUGCUGUGGGUUUGACAAGAAGGACGUGACAGCGAUCGACGAGUACAAGAUCAAAGUAUGCCGCUCGAAGCCCGGGGUCGUGGACUUUCGCGAUGCGAAGGGCAGACGCUGCAUCGACGGAGGCGGUACGGUCGUGCUGGGGUCGCACGGCGACGUGUACGGACCGGGCGGCCAGGGCGUGUACAAAGACCCCAAGUACGGACCCGUUCUGUACUACCACUACGUGAACAAGAGCAUUGGCUAUGCAGACGGCCAGAAGCAGUUUGGCUGGAACAAACUCGACUUCUCGAGUGGCUGGCCGGUUGUGAAGCCGUAA